AUGACGCAUUUCGUUGGUGUUGAUUUUAAUUCAUUAUAUCCUUCAUCAUUUUCAUCUAAUCCUCAUGAUUUCAUUCAAUAUACUGACCAUAAAAUGUAUAUGCCGGGAAGAUUGAAUGGUGUUAUCAUUUGUGAUACAGCAACAAAGAAAGCAAAAGCGCUGGGAAUUAUUAGAAAGAAAAAUACUUUAUUCGUGGCUGAAGUAAAGGGUCACAUUGAUGAAAAAUACAUUAAUGAUUACAUAAACUUUUUACCGAUAAUAAGAAACUUAGAUAUUAUCACAGAUGAAAAAACAAUUGGCAGUUUUAUGUAUAAUUACAUGAAAUCAAACAAUCUACCAGUUGACCAGAAACAGAGGAAAUUAACUCAGUUAGCAUCAACACACAACCAAUAUCAACCAUUUUCUUCUUAUUAUCUUUGGUAUCUAAUAGACAGAUUUCAUUUUAUCAUCGAUGAUAUUCAAUCAAUUUUAACAUUUACUAAAAACACUUGUUUUAAUGAAUUUGCGAACGAAUUUAUGAACGAAAGACAAAAGGCUGAAUUAGAAGGAAAUAAAGGAAAAAGUUUAUUUUGCAAGAUUUCGCUUAAUGGAUCAUAUGGUUACGAUGCAAUGAAUACACAAAAUUACACAAAGACUAAAAUAAUGAAUGCACAGAAGGCACGCGUUGCAUGUAUGUCAAAUAAGUUUAAAAACAUAAGAGAAAUAGGUGAAGAUACAUAUCAAGUGAUGCUUAAAGAUAGAUUUUAUAGAUGUGAUACAUGUUUACAAGAGGCAUUCUUCACUUUAGAUAACGCAAAAUACUGGUAUUUGGUUUUCAUUUAUGAUUUUAUGUAUAAAUGCAUGAAUGUUAAUCGUUUUCAUUUCAUUGAAGGUGAUACUGAUUCAUCUUAUUGGGCUAUUGCUGGCGAUCCAAAUCUUCCUAACACUCAAGCAUUUCAAGCGAUUGUAACCGAUAAACAAUUUUAUGAUAAAAACAUUUUCAAAUUCGCACCUUUUGAUUUCUUUUGUUUUGAUGAGAAAUUUAAACAAAAAUUAAAGAAUAAAGCUGAAGAAAAAGCACAUGAGAAGAAGUUAUUGGGUUUAGCAAUUGAGAAACAAGGUGAUAACAUGGUGGCGUUAUGCCCUAAGUGUUAUACAUCAUUCAACGGCUCAAUUGAUGGAAGUGAUUUUAAAAAGAUUGCACAAAAAAUGAAAGGUGUUAGUUUACGACAAAAUAAACAAUUAACACCUAAAAAUUAUUUGGAUAUAAUAAAUGAUAAAGUUAUUUUCGAUGGUCAGAAUAUUAAUUUACAACUUAAAAACGGGUCAAUGACUCGCUUAACAAUCGGUAAGACUGCAUUAACAGGAGCACACACUAAGGCUGUAUGUUGUGAAAAUGGAUGUUGUAUGCCAUUUAUUUAA